CUGAGUCACUGGCUCCGUGUUGUUUUGUGACCCGUCAGUCGCAGUAUAUCUUACUCUUAGUCGCUCAACUCUGAACCCGUCUAACAAUUAUCAGCAUGCAUUUUUCAUCAGCCUAUCCGUUACAGCCGGACCGCUCUUCAUAAACUUCCCGAGACUCCAGCUGAAGCUUUAGACCGAAUGCAAAGCCGUGCAAUGCUGUUCAAAUAGAUGAGGACAAGAGCAGACGAGCUGGAACACAAUGAAACGGGCCGAGCGUCGCAGCGGAUUGAACGGAUGGAGUAUGCAGCGUGUGGCGUCUCGUCUCUUCUUUUGUUGACACUUAUCUCAGGUUUUUGGACUCUCGUUAUUCAAGUGUCUUCUAUUGUUGAAGGGGAAAGAGAAGAAUGUCCUCGUCUCUUUGAAUGCAUGAGCUGACACCGCUGACACAAAAACCAUGGCUUUUGCCCAGGGUAUCUAUAACAUCAACCCGGCAAAGGACAAGCAUGAGCCUAUGCAGACCUUCCCGUCAUGCCCUCAUGCGUCCACUGGGUUUCCUCCGGAUCUGUUGUCCACCUGUCCUGCUCUCUUAAACACGGCUCUUCCUCUGCUCACGGCUCCAGUGAUGACGGACACGCCGCUCACUUUGAUUCCUGGAUCUGCAUCGAAAAGCCCCGCUCCUCAGACUCUCAUGGAUGCGGCUCCUCAGCCGGCAGCGCUGCCUCUGUAUGGGACAGGAAGUGCCUCUGUGACAUUUCCUUUUCAUCCUGUGACGCUGUAUGCGUCCACUCAUCCACAGGUCUCUUCUGGUUGUGUCCAGCUGCUGGGAGUCUCUGAACUGGCCCCGUACACACUGUCAGCACUCAUGCCACAUUUGUUAAACCCUACUGAGAGUAAAACCACAGCCGAACCUACUGACACUAAGACCACAGCCAAAGAUGAAGAGAUCAGCGUACAGGACGGAGACAUCAGUGCCUCUAAAAACACCUCUACAGAUGAGACGGAUGUCUCUGGGUUCAGACUCUUUUCAUCAUGUCCGUCACGUCUGGCGUUAAUUACGACCCUCAUCCCCACCUUCAUCAUCCUCACCGUCUGCAUCGCCGUCAUAGUGAAGUUCGUGUGUUUCCCAAACAAAGAGCAAGACAUUGACACCCCUGCUGGCAGCUCACAGAACUGCACCGUCACUCCAGGGCCCUUCUAUUCAGUCAAAUAUCCAGCCAAUGACACCGUCAACAUUCCCUCAGAUUGCUCCACAGCAAUGAAUGCCAGGUCCCAUGGGGCGCGUAUUAUCGGUGGUACGGAGGCUGCGAAGGGUCAGUGGGGUUGGCAGACCAGUUUACACUAUCAGGGCAAACACGUGUGUGGAGGAGCCAUCGUCAGCCCUCGCUGGGUCAUCACUGCCGCACACUGCUUCAUGCAAUAUGACAUGAAGCUGGAGUCGAACUGGAUCGUGGUGACUGACACCGUGAGCAUCUCAGAUCCAUCUCAGGGCAAACGCUACCACACACUUCAGAUACUCCCACACCCACAAUUCUCAAAGGACAACAACGACUACGACCUGUGUCUGCUGCGCACACAAACGGAGAUGCAGAUGGGAGGUGGUGUGAGACCUGUGUGUUUGCCUCGUGCGAGAGAGUCUUUUCCUGCUGGUUCGUCCUGCUGGGUGACGGGCUGGGGUUACACACGGGAAGGAGGGCCUGUGUCGUCACACCUGAGACAGGCUUUAGUUCAGGUGAUCGAUCAGGCCGUCUGCUCACAGCCCUACGUGUACGGCUCCCAGCUAACUCCCAGAAUGCUCUGCGCUGGCGUUAUGAAGGGAGGAGUGGACUCCUGUCAGGGUGACAGCGGUGGUCCUCUGGUGUGUGAGACUGAGGCGGGUGACUGGCGAUUGGCCGGUGUGGUGAGUUGGGGUGAAGGAUGCGGACGAGUCAAUAAACCUGGCGUUUACACCAAAAUCACUCCGCUGCUGCAGUGGAUACAUCAACACAUCAGUGAUGAAAACGGACAGUCCUUCUCAACCUUCACCACACAGAACAAUCUCUUUUGAAAACAGUGUCAUUAAUUAUUAUUAUAGAGAUUGUACAAAGCCUUAAUCUAACAACUGAUAAGUGAGACGUUGCCUAUAAGUGAGAGUGGCUAUCAUGUGUAAUAUAAGCUGCAAUAAAAGAUCAUGACAUGCAGAGCGGCUGUUUUACUAUGACUGUGACUGAAGUCACGUAUGCUCAGAGCAGGGCGUGCGAGUCAAACGUCAAUAGAAGUGAUGAAUGGAAUGUGAUUUAUUCAGCUGAUUCACUCUGACUGUCUCUGAUCCUCAUCACCAUGAUGCUUGAAUCUGAUUGUGAUCAUGUAUUUGGAAACUCUC